AAUAAGCACCCCACUUAAAUUCCCAACUUAGACGAAUCUCACCGACUAAGUGGUAUUCACAAAGCGUUUGCGCUAAGUGCCCCGCUUACUUUCGCGUCUUAAGUCUAAGUGUGGUCCGAGCUGACUUAAGCGGGGCACUAGGGUGUCAUGGCCGCUUUUUUGCAUGUCGCACACCGCCAUAAUUUUGAGGCUAGAAUUCUUCGUAGAGAGCGAGUAUUUCGAGAAAGGAGUAAUCCUUUAGCAGAUUUUACUGACGGUGAACUUUACUCGCGGUAUAGAUUCGACAGAAACGGUAUUUUAUUUAUUUCUCAGCUGUUAAGAGAGGAAAUUCAGUCGCCAACGGAACGAUCUUGCGCUAUUCCCGCAGAAAUCAAGGUCAUAAUUGCAUUGCAGUUUUAUGCUUGUGGAACAUUUCAAAGAACUAUUGGAGACACAAUCAAAAUUUCUCAGUCAUCCGUAUCCAGAAUAGUCAGCAUUGUGUCAUCAAGUCUAGCUAGAAAACUUGCUGAAUUUGUAAGGUGGCCAGCAGCUGCAGAUGAACAAAAUAUCAAAAGGGGAUUUUUCACCAUCGCUGGAUUUCCGGGCGUAGUUGGACUCAUCGACGGAACUCAUGUCCGAAUCUUGGCACCCUCAGAACACGAAGAGCAGUUUGUUAACAGGAAAAAUUACCACUCCAUAAAUGUUCAAGUUGUUGUGGACAAUAGGUGUGUGUUCACGCAAAUAAAUGCCCAGUGGCCGGGAAGUACCCACGACUCAAGAGUGCUUCGAGAGAGCCGAUUAGCGGACGUGUUUGGGCGCCACCGGCCGGCGGGGAGAGGGGAAAACAACGAGGAAGGUUACCUGUUAGGCGACACUGGCUACCCGUCAAAACCAUGGCUCCUCACACCGUUUCUCCAGGCAGGAAAUCGUGCAGAGGCAAGAUACAACGGUGCACACAAAACAACUCGAAGUCUUGUUGAACGGACGAUUGGGCAGUGGAAACGUCGUUUUCACUGCCUUCAUGGUGAAAUAAGGCUGUCCCCAGAAAGAACGUGCAGAGUGAUUGCUGCAUGUGCUGUGCUGCACAACAUUGCAAAGCAACGAGGCCUUCCAGACAUUGAAGAGGAUCACAUGAACAACCCUCCACAUCCACAGCCAGAACAACCAGUGCACCACGAUGAUGGCAACCUAGUCAGGAACCACGUAGUUCACACCUAUUUCCAGCACCAUCGAUAAUCUACACGCUGACGAUGAUGGUCCAAAUGUGACUGGCAACUCAGUAUAAGUGCUGAAGGAAAAAAAAAAUAAUAAUUUGAGUAAUACGUAAUAAGCUUUAACUAGUAAUAACUAUCCGCCAUACCAGUUAUCAUUAAUUUCAAACGCUUUGUUUAAAAGCAACACGUCACUGAAUUUGCUUGACUACCAGUUAUUUACACCGCCUUUUUUAUAAGUGUUUAUAAGCAAUAAUAGUAACUAUAUUUACCUGUCAUCCGGUGUAUCAGCAAUGGAACCAUGAGCAGCUGAUGUGGCGACUGCGGGCUCAAAGUUAUCAUCAGGAGGGAGGCUGUCAAUGCCACCAACGAUCCCUACGAUAGUUGGAGAGUUCUCUCCUAUCAGGGUCAUCAAUCUUUGGUCCAUUGGGCUCAGAUCAGGUGGGGCAGGUCCUCCUCCUUGAAAGAAACGGUUUUAAAAUUGUUGAGAGUUUCCCAAAAUUGCAAGUUCUAAAAAGUCAAUAUCAAACAUUAUGUGUGCUUUUUCCAAGUUAAGUGUGCAUAAUAACUAAGUGAACUUAAAGACAAUGGACACUAUUGGUAAUUGUCAAAGACCAGUCCUCUCACUUGGUG